AUGCCUUAACGAAAUUCCUUAGAUAACUAUGAUUAAUAUAUCAAGAAAUACGAGUAGUUCAAUAAAUAGGUUAAUGAUUAUUUGAUUAAUCGAAAAAUACCUGACCAUUUGAGUUCAAUACUUAAUUCCAGUAAGGAUUCGAAUAGUGAGAUUCAUGAAAUCGAAUACAUCUCAUCAGAUCAUCCUCUUACUGAUAUCACAAACACCCAUAAUAUCAAAUAAAAUAAAUCAUAUUAAUCCCAACCCUUGUAACAAAUUGCUUAACCAUCCCUCACUUAAUAAUUUAUGACUCAAAAAACCACUACUUAAUCCCAUAACUUACCUAAUGAAGAUUCCCCUAUAAAAGCAUUGAAUGAACAAAUGAUGAUUGAUAGUUUGGAUAACAUCAAUGUGCAUGAUCCAAAUAAUUUAUAAAUUACCAAAGAAGAAUUCGAUCAACUAAAAUCUUAAAGAAUGUCAACCAUACAUGAAAACGAUGAUGAAGAUGAGGAAUUAAUGUAUUAAGUUGAUGAAAACGGAUUCAUUUUGAGUCAGGAUGGCCAUCCUUUGAUUGAUGAUACAGGAAAACGAAUACAACUAACAAAAUAAGAGCUUCAAUUCUAUAAAAACAAAAUUAAUAGUUGA